AUGACUAAAGGAGAAACCAUCAAGACUUCGUGGCCUCAGGGGCCCCACGAUUCCUGGUUUGGACAGACAACCUUUGCCCAAAGCCUUCCUAAAAACGUCGAGUUCAUCAAUAACUUGAAGCUUGACAAGAAGCUCCAGCCCAAAAAGUACGAGAUUGAAGGAACACACCCGGAGUCAAAGAUUCUCUUUAAAAAUGUCCAUAUUAUUGAGUCUACGGGCCGUGAGCCUUACAAAGGCGAUGUCUUGAUUCGAGGCGAAAGGAUCAGUGAUGUUGGUCAGGUCCCUAACAGGGAAGAGCUCGAGAAAGACCCUACUGUUCGCGUCUUUGAGGGAAGAGGCAGAACACUCAUGUCAGGCCUUGGAGAUGGACAUACUCAUUUCACCUGGAAUGGAGGUGACCUCAACAGACUCGGAGAGCUCGAGGUUGAAGAGCAUGUUCUCCUGACAAUCAAGAGUGCCCAAUGCUUUCUUGAUUCGGGAUACACCAUGUGUUUCGGAGCGGCCUCGGCUAAAGACCGUCUGGAUGUGGUGGUUCGAGACGCAAUCAACGCCGGUGAUGUUCCAGGUCCUCGUUAUCUUGCCAACGCAAGAGAGAUCGCCAAGCCCGAAGGCGAAUUGGUCGCGGGUAUUACGCGAUUUGCUGACGGUCCUGAUGAAAUGCGCGAGGUGAUCAGACACAACAUUGAAAAUAUCGGCGUCGACAACAUCAAGCUCAGCAUCUCGGGCGAGGAAAUCACCGAGAUUCGCUCGGCGCAGGACUGUUACUUCAACGACGAAGAAAUGGCUGCCUGCGUCGAUGAGGCACACAAGCGCGGAAAACGACUGUGCGCACAUGCUCGAGCUAGAGAUUCGAUCAAAAUGUGCGUGAAGCAUGGUGUGGAUGUUAUAUAUCACGGCAGCUACAUUGAUGAUGAAGGGAUGGACAUGCUGGAACGCGAGCGAGAGAGAUACAUCGUUGUCCCAGCUAUCAACUGGCUGGUUGCUACGACAUACGAAGCCGAGGCGUUUGGAUAUUCGCACGAAACCGCGGAGAAAGCAGGAUACAAGCGAGAGCUCGACAUCGCGGUCGCUGGACUGCGCGAGAUGCACAGACGGGGAAUUGUCGUUCUACCGGGAGGUGAUUACGGCUUUGCGUGGACGCCUCACGGAACAUAUGCGCGUGAUCUUGAGCAUUUCGUCAAGCUGCUUGGUUUUACUCCGCACGAGAGCAUCAUCGCUGCAACUGCUGGAGUUGCUGCGCUGUUGAUGAGGGGCCACGAGCUCGGUAGGAUCCAGCCUGGAUACUAUGCCGACUGCAUACUUGUUGACGGUGAUCCCCUGCAAGACAUCUCUGUCCUACAGAAUCACGAUAAACUUAAUGUUAUCAUCAUCAACGGUCGAGUUCAUAAGGCAGGAAGGAAGGAGUACUUUACGGACCCAUCGGGAUCACUUUCCCAUGGGAUUCCGCGUCAUUUAAUAGGAGACUUUCCUGAGAAAAAGCAAGCUAUGCAGAAGACGUUUUAG